GGAGGCGCGCGCGGGCCGGCGGGCGGGGGGCUGCGCGCGGCGCCCAGGUGACGGGUCCUAACGGUCCCAACGGUGCGGGGGGCGCGCGCCGGCCGCGAGAGGCGGCGGGGCUCCGCCUGCCGGGGGCCGCCCGGUCACGGGCGUGGGGAGCAGCGGGCGUCGUGCCGGGACGGAGCCCGCGGCGCCUGCGUUCGUCGGCACGGCGGGCAGAUUCUUAAAGAGGAUUGCCUGCUUUGAGUGAGACUGUUGCCAUCAUGAGUCAACAAGGUUAUGUUGCAACUCCUCCAUAUUCUCAGUCGCAGCCAGGAAUAGGAGGCUUUUCUACAGGUUUUGGACCACCUACUUCUCCGCUUCUUUAUGGACAUUAUGGCGACCCUAAUUCUUCAUAUUCAGCACCUCAAACAGGUAUGUCGAAAUCAACUGUGCCUUUUGGAUCUUCAGCUCCUGUUGGACCUCCACCACCUGGUGCACAUCAGUUCAGCCAGACUAACCUCCCAAAUGGGCCCAAUACACCAGGGCAACAGCCACAUAGGUUUCAAGGCCCUCCACCUCCUCACUGUACAGGCUCUUCCUAUCCUCCCUACAGUCAUCAAUCACAACCAGCCUAUCCAAAUACUGCAUCCACUUCAUCUACAACGCAACUUACUAACCAGCUCAACACCAUGCAAAUAAAUAGCUAUGGUCCUGGUGCUACUCAGAGCUCGCACAUGUCUUCUGGGCAUCCAGCAUCCUUUCAGGGUCCACAACCACCACCACCACCACCGGCCCAACAGCAAAUGGCUUUACCGCUUGGAUCACAAAUUCCUCCACCAGCAAAUAAUGUAAAUGGCCUUUGUGCUCAACCAUCAUUGGCUCCAAUGGCCAGACAGGAUGGGAUCUCUGGAUCUGGCCCCCCAAAUGCUAACUUGCAACAGCUUCCAGGACAGCCCCCAGGGCCUGGAUAUCAUCCUCAGCAAGCAAAUUAUGGCCCUCAGAUGGCAGGAGCUCAGCUAUCUUAUCCUGGUGCUUUCCCUGGAGGUCCAGCGCAGCUCACAGGUCCACAGCAGAAGAAGCUUGAUCCUGACUCUAUUCCAAGCCCUAUUCAAGUAAUUGAAAAUGAUAAGGCUUCUAGGGGAGGACAGAUCUAUGCUACAAACACAAGAGGACAAGUUCCUCCUCUUGUCACCACAGACUGCAUAAUCCAAGAUCAAGGCCACGCCAGCCCUCGUUACAUCCGAUGUACUACCUACUGCUUCCCAUGUUCUUCAGAUAUGGCCAAACAGGCUCACAUUCCUCUGGCAGCUGUCAUCAAGCCAUUUGCUAUAGUUCCACCAAAUGAGACACCUCUUUAUCUUGUAAAUCAUGGUGAGGCUGGACCAAUCCGAUGCAACAGGUGCAAAGCUUAUAUGUGUCCCUUCAUGCAGUUUAUUGAAGGUGGAAGAAGAUAUCAGUGUGGAUUUUGCAAUUGUGUAAAUGAUGUCCCUCCAUUCUUCUUUCAACAUCUGGACCACAUUGGCCGACGAGUAGACCACUAUGAAAGGCCUGAGUUAUCUCUAGGAUCUUAUGAAUAUGUUGCUACCUUGGAUUAUUGCCGAAACAACAAGCCUCCAAAACCACCAGCUUAUAUCUUCAUGAUUGAUGUAUCAUACAGAAACAUAAACAGCGGCCUCGUUAAACUUAUAUGUGAUGAACUGAAGACUCUGCUAGAUAAACUUCCGAGAGAAGAUCAAGAAGAAUCCUCAGCAAUUCGAGUUGGUUUUGUCACUUAUAACAAGGUCCUUCACUUUUUUAAUGUAAAGAGCAACUUAGCCCAGCCUCAGAUGAUGGUGGUCUCAGACGUUGGAGAAGUUUUUGUUCCUUUGCUGGAUGGUUUCCUUGUCAACUUUGUGGAAUCACGCUCUGUCAUUAACAACUUGUUGGACCAGAUUCCAGAGAUGUUUGCAGACACUAAUGAGAGUGAGACCAUCUUUGCUCCAGUUAUCCAGGCUGGCAUGGAGGCGCUAAAGGCUGCAGAAUGUGCUGGAAAAUUGUUUAUCUUCCAUUCUUCAUUGCCAACUGCGGAAGCACCGGGGAAGCUGAGAAACAGAGAUGACAAAAAGCUGCUCAAUACAGAUAAAGAAAAGACACUCUUUCAGCCUCAGGUAAAUUUUUAUGAGACCUUAGCCAGAGAUUGUGUGGCUAAUGGGUGCUGCGUGGAUUUGUUCCUCUUCCCAAAUCAGUAUGUGGACGUAGCUUCCAUGGGUCUUGUCACAGCAUACACUGGAGGAACGCUCUACAAGUACAACAAUUUCCAGCUCAAUUCUGAUAGCCCACAGUUCCUAAGUGACCUCAGGAAGGACAUAGAAAAAAAACCCGGAUUUGAUGCAAUAAUGAGGGUUCGGACAAGUACAGGCUUCCGGGCUACUGACUUCUUUGGUGAUAUUUACAUGAACAACACCACGGAUGUAGAGAUGGCAGCAGUUGACUGUGACAAGGCAGUGACAGUGCAAUUCAAGCAUGAUGACAAACUCAGUGAAGACAAUGGAGCCUUAAUUCAGUGUGCUGUCCUUUACACUUCAAUAGGCGGGCAAAGAAGACUUCGCAUACACAAUAUAGGUUUAAAUUGUAGCUCCCAGUUAGCUGAUGUCUACAAGACUUGUGAGACUGAUGCACUUAUCAACUUCUUCGCUAAGUCAGCGUUCAAAGCUGCUCUAAGUCAACCACUGAAGAUGGUCAGAGAGACGCUGGUGAACCAGAUGGCACACGUGCUGGCCUGCUACCGCAAGAACUGCGCCAGCCCCUCGGCCGUAAGCCAGCUCAUCCUUCCUGAUGCAAUGAAGUUGCUGCCAGUAUACAUGAACUGUCUGUUGAAGAGCUGCGUACUAGUUAGCAGACCAGAAAUUCCAACAGAUGAGAGAGCUUACCAUCGGCAGCUGGUCAUGUCUAUGGGGGUAGCCAACACACAGCUGUUUUUCUAUCCCCAGCUCUUGCCAAUUCACAGCCUGGAUCUGAAGAGCGACGCCAUCCCAGCUGCAGUCCGCUGCUCUGAGGAGCGGCUCUCAGAAGGAGGUGCCUUCUUCCUGGCCAACGGUCUGAAUAUGUUCCUGUGGCUGGGAGUCAGCGUGGCCCCAGAGCUUAUCCAAGGGCUCUUCAAUGUGCCAUCCUUCGCACACAUCAGCACGGAGGCUACGCUACUGCCUGACCUGGACAAUCCAUAUUCCAAGAAACUUAGGUCAAUAAUGGAGCAUAUCCAGAGCCAAAAGCCCUACACUAUGAAGCUGAUGAUAGUGAAACAACGGGAGCAGCCAGAGAUGCUUUUCCGACAGUUCCUAGUAGAAGACAAGAGUAUUUAUGGAGGAGCUUCUUACGUGGAUUUCUUAUGUUGUGUCCACCGAGAGAUUUGCCAGCUGCUCAAUUAAGGAAGCUUGAGUAUCAUUUGUUUUUGUUUUGCUCUGUUUUUGUUAAUUUGCAAGAAGUGCAGUAGCUGGUGCCUGAAGGCAGCCCACAGCUCCACCAUACCUCAGCAUUAUGCUGUGCUUUACUGAACCUUUUCAGUGCUUUUUUCCAUUUCAGUUCCAUUUCACACACUCUCUAUUUUGUUUACUUACUUACCUAUUAAUCUGUAGAAUAGGAAGUUCUGCACUCAGGUAUUAAACCUUUUGGGGAGUAUCAUCUUGACUCUCUCUAAAUUGAAUUGCCCAAUUUCAAACUGUCAAAGCUUCAGAGGGUAUGGUAGGCAUUUUCUAAUAACAAAUUAUAUUUUAGAAAAAUUCUAUUCCUUUUGCUAGCCAGAAAUUUUAUGAUAGCCAGGAAAGAUAUCCCCAAAAAAAUCUAUAUAGAAGAAAAAAAUAAAGCAUUGCUUUUUAUUUUUUAAAAAGAGGGCAUAUAGUUGUAGUAGUUUUAAAGUAAUCUCAUAGUUCAAUUUGAGUACAUUAAGACCUUCAUGUAAAGCUGAUCUCUUCCUAAAGCAUAUGAGGAAAUAGUCCCUUUUCACCUAGAACAUACAAAUAUUACUGUCUACAGAAACAGAGCUCUGUAUAACCUUCCACACCUGUGAUUAUCCAAGCCACAACCACCUCAGCUCAUAACCGGACCUGAACAUUUUUAAUCAUGGACUACAAGUAAAUGGUAAUUAAACAAAAGUCUUAGACUAAGGUUGGCAAUUAAUGCCACAGUAUUAUAGUACAAUUCCCUAGUCUUAAGGGCAGCAAUUAAUUUAGUGUAUUUCAUUUACAUUUUCAGAACUGAACACUUGUGAGGCUUUGUUUACUGCAUUUGCUAACUGGAAUACUCCACUAUGUACUUAGCUAAACAUCUGGCCCCCUCAAUUUCAGUGGCAGUUCAGCCUUUUUAUGUAUGAACUGUCUUAUUUGUGGUGCUAUAAAAGGAAGCCUCUUGUUUAAUGAGUUUCAACACAGUGAGACCUCCUCUCCAAUGACCAAUUUCUUUCUUUUUUUCCCCCCCUCUAAGAGUCACUGCUUUGAAAAACAAAUCUCCAAUAAUAUUUAAGGUACAAUUUAGAAAGCCAGAGUCUUUGGAAGAGCUGUUUACCUCAGUUUAGUCUGUUCUUUUCUUUAGGACCAGAAUCUUUGCACGAGAUGUGCAAACUUUUUCAAACUUGAAAAACUAUUAUAAAGAAAGAUUAGCAUUUCAAAUAAAGCAAAAAAAAAAAAAAAAAAAAAAACCCACCCCACACCACACACAUCCACCCUCAAAUAAAGGUUGAGUUCCAUAAGCAAAUAUGCCUUUUAAGAAUGGUAGUUUCACUAAUUUCAAUCCUUUUGAUAAACAGGUAAGUUUGGCAGCUUACUUGAAAGAUUGCAUCCUUGUCCAUUUACCAAGAACUUUUAUUACAAAUGGAUACUCAGACUGAAUUCAGCAGCUGUCAAGAGCAGCACCUUUUGGCUGAAGAUAAUGUUAACUUGUAAAAAGUAUUUGUUGCCAUUCCAGAUCAUUGUUACUUUGUAAAAUGAUAAACAAAUAUAAAGAUAUGAGCAAUUACUAAA